UUCACAUUUUCAAUUAAUAAUAAUUAUAAACAUAAGUAUGUUCAAUUACACAAAAGUGCAGUUAAGGACAAAUCUUUGUUUUCUGCUGAGUUUAAAAAAUUAGAAAUAGUGAUGUCUUUCCUGUAUUCAUCAUGGGCAUUAAACUAUGUAAUAUUCUGCAUUACUAUAUUUUUCCUUCUAUACAAAUACUUCACUAGACAAUUUGAUUACUGGAACAAACGAGGGGUAUAUACCUCAAAACCGGUUCCGUUUUUUGGCAACGUUUUUGACGUUGUAAUAUUUAAACGAAACUUGUCAGAACAUAUAAAAAAGCUCUACGAUGAAACUGACGAACCAUAUUUUGGGAUUUUUGUUUUUGACAAACCAGUCUUGGUGCUAAAAUCUCCUAAAUUAAUUAAAGACAUCUUGAUUAAAGAUUUCCACAUGUUUUGUGAUAGAAGUUUAGCAGACGGUAGCCAUGAUAAAACAAUCUCCAACUUCGUAUUUUUUCAAAAAAACCCAAAAUGGAAUCUCACGAGGAAAAAGUUAACUUCUUUUUUUACUUCUUCGAUGUCAAAAGCAUUUUUUACAAAUAUAGAAUUAAUCAACCAGAAGUUUAUCGAACAUUUAGAAAAUAUUUCUGAACCCGUUGAUGCAAAAGCUAUAGCGGGCCAUUUCAGCACGGAAAUGAUUGCACGUUGUUUUUUCGCAACUGAUCCACGCUGUUUUGAAAAAGAACCAUCCAAGUUCCGACACUGUGUUCACAGGAUAUUUCAAUUUAGUGUAAGAAACGGACUGAUACAAACUUUCUAUUUUUUAAAACCGAGUUUGAUAAAAUUAUUCAAAUUAAACUUCCUUGAAACUUCGGUCAUGGAAUAUUUCCAUAAAAUAUUUUUGGAAGCCAUGGAAUGUAGGAAGGAUUAUGAUGGCAAACCUGUUAAUGCGGUUGAUGUAGUGAACCACUUGAAAAAAAAGCAUAAUGGAGAGUUUCCUGAUCAGUAUCUUUACAUCUCGAAUACCAUGUUUUUAUUAGUGGCUGGACACGAAACAACUAGUUCUGCAAUUGGUUAUGCCUUAUAUGAAUUGGCAGUUAAUCCAGAUAUACAGGAAAAGUUGAGAAAUUCAGUCCAAGAUAAUUACAAAACUUACGAAGGCCUUACAUAUGAAGGAGUACAAAAAAAUAAUUAUUUGGAUAUGGUUAUUAAUGAAACUUUAAGAAAAUAUGGCCUUUUACCGGUUCUUGAUAGAGAUGCACUCGCCGACUAUCAGUUUGAAGGUACAGAUCUUGUCAUUGAAAAGGGAACAGCAGUUUACAUUCCUUACUUUGCUAUGUUUAGGGAUCCCAAAUAUUUCCCAAAUCCCCUGAAGUUUAAUCCAGAAAGAUUUGCUGAUAAUACUUUCAAUUCAGAUGGUUACACCUUUUUCCCAUUCGGAGAGGGACCAAGAGCAUGCAUAGGUAAACGCCUAGGACUCCUAGCUAUUGCUGCAUGUGUCUCAAAUGUCGUAUUAAAAUUUAAUAUUGAAAAAUGUGAAGCAACUCCUGAUGCAAUUGAAUUUGAACCCAAAUCGUUGGCUCUGCAGUCAAAGGAUGGACUAAAGAUAAAACUAAUAGCCAGAGAAUAACAUAUUACAAAUAUACGUAAUUAAUUUUAACACAAAAUGUCAAAGCUAAUAUAUUGUUAUGGGUCUACCCCAAAAUCCCUAUAGCCAAUAUUCCGACAACUAAAAUUCCGACGACCAAAAUCCCGACACGCCAAAAUCCCGACAGCCAAAAUCCUGAUGACCAAAAUCCCGACAAAUCAAAAAUCCCGCCAAAUUUUCAAAACAAUGGUUGCGUUCGGACGACCACAGCGGCUGGAUAGCUGAGCCAGCAGUAGCUGUCAGACGUCACCGCUGGAAGCCAGCCGCUGAGAGAUUUACUAAGCUUUCCCUAUCACGGCUGGAUGCAACCACUCAGCCGAUUUCUGCUGCCAGCCAGCCGCUAUGGUCGUCCGAACGCACCCAAUAAUACAUAGUAUCUAUCUAUUUUUGUUACGUUAUUGUUUUGUUGUUUUGUUUAGUUUACCAUUUAAUACGAACUAAUUUUCUAAAUAAAAUUUCUAACAUAGGUACGUGAAUUAAAUUAUCUUUUGCCAAUAUAUAAUUCAAUAUACUGUUAUUCUCUACCUUUUCUAUUUAUUUAGAUUAAUUAGCAAAUUCUUAAUUUGAUUGAUUACCCAAUUAUUUUAUCUAUUGCCUAUGUAAAGACAUAACUAAAUUCAAAUUAAAUUUUCCAAUCAAUUUUAUUGUCAGGGCUAAUUUUGUAUUUGAUCCAAUACCAGUAAUGUGUGGAUUCUAGUAUUUCUGGUUUUUUAUUUCUUCUAGAAACAGGGAAAUUGACAACAGUCAAAUUUAUAUACAUGUAAUCUAUUGUUUUUAUUAAAUGCCGUGUACAUA